UUCUUUAGUGUGAUGAUCGAACACCAUUAUUAACAUCGGAAUUGACAUCAACUAAUAAAGAUUCAUCAAAUAAUACAACUCGUAAAUAUUCUUUCAAUGCUCUCUUACCACUUGUACGUUCUUCAAAUUCACAUCCAUUUUGUUCUUCAUUAAUAUCGACGAAUAUCGAUCAUAGUAGUAAAAUUAGUAAUGGUAAUAAUGUUAAUUUAAAACCUCGUCAUCGUGUUUCACUUUCAUCAACAUUACGUCGAAAUUCAUUUACUAAACAACCACAAAUAUUUUCUUCAACUAUUGAUUCAACAAAAAUGAUUUCAUCAUCAACUAUACAACAUCCAAUUGAGAAUAAUAGUAAAAAUCAAAUAAAAUCAAAUUUUUUGAAUAAUCAACAAAAUCAAAAAUCUUUAAAUAUAAUACCAUCAUAUCAAAAAGAUUUUAUGGAAAAAAUAGAACGUUUUCGUUAUAUUGAUGAUAGUGCUUCAAGUACAACAACAGUAACAUCACCUGUUGAAAGUAUUGAACAUGUUAAUACUCAUUCAAUACCAUGUAAUAAUUUAAUAAAAAAUACUAUUGAACAAAUUGAUGAUUUUGUUCAUACACAACAUAAUACAAAUAAUGAUGAUGAUGUUGAUUCAUUAAUUGAUUGUCUUAAUUCAAAUAUAUUAACAAAUGGUUCUUAUUCAGAUUUAAAUAUUCUUAAUAACAAUAAUAAUAAUAUAUCAUCAACGAAAACAAUACUACGUCCACAAACAUUUAAACCGGUGAAUAAUAAAUCUUUUCAAGUAACAAAAACUUUAUCUGGUUGUCAACAACAUAAAUAUCAUCAAUCAACACCUAUUACUAUUCCACAUUCAAUUACAUCUUUACCGUUAUCUAAACAACAAAAUCAAAUUGAAAUUAAUGGUUAUUCACGUUCAAUGGAUUUUCAAACAUUAAAAACUAAACAUGAUCUUAUUCGACCAAUAACACUUAUUUCAACAAUAAAUGAAAUAUCAUCAUCAUCAUCAUCAACAUCUACACUUACAUCAUUACGUCAUUCAACUAGUUUAGAAUUUGAUGAUAAUAUUAAACCGUCCGGUGUUCUUGUUGAUGAUGAUUUUUUACCAAUGUCAUCACCAGUUGAUGAACAUUUUUGGAAUAUGAAUAUAAAAAAUUUUAAUAUAUUAAAAAACAAUAAUAAUAAUAAUAAUAAUAAAUGUUUUCCAGAUGUUGGUUCAUCACCUGAUAUUGAAGUAAAACAUUUUGAUUUACAACAAUUUAAUAUAUUAUCUGAAACAUCAUGUGAUGAAGAUGAUGAUGAUGAUGAUAAUCAUGAUCAUGAUCAUGAUGAUAAUAGUACAACAUCAAUUGAUCAAUUGGAAGCAUUUUCUUUACAUGAAUAUAAAAUUAAUGAAAUAGAAAAUUUAUCUGUACAAAAAAUUUCGGAAGAAGAAAUAAUUGAUAAAUCUUUAUCAAAUCCGUCCAUUAGUUCAACAGAACAGUUCAAUAUUAACAGUAAUUCAAUUCUAAUAUCUUCUCAUCAAAUUAAUGAUGAAUCAUUAUUAGAAAAAUUUUCAUUACCAUCACAAAUACCAAUACCAUCAGAUUUUCUUUGUGAUACAAUAUUAUCAUUAAAUCAACAUUCUCAAACAAUAUCUGAAGAAGAUGAUACACAAGAUAGUUCAACAAAUGAUGUAUCCGAAGGUGAUGAAAGUGCUGAUAAUGGUGAAAUUGAUCUUGUACAAGAAUUUGAAUUAUCACAAAAAGAACAACAAAAUAAAACAAGUAAUUUAUGGACAACAAAUAAUCAUGAUGUAUAUAUUAUACAAGAUAAUGAUUUACUUUCAACAAUUGCAACAACACCAACAAUUGUAAAUCGUAAUAUUCAACCAACUUCAAUUAUGAAAAUAACAAAUAUAAAAACAUCUGAUAAUAUUGAUGAACAAACACAACAACAACAACCAUUAAAACCUAAAGUACGUUUUAAUCUUGAUCCACAAUAUGAACGUGAACGUGAGUGGAAUAAGGUGAAUAAAUUACUUGGAAAUAGUGUUGAAUGGACUGAUGAAUUUGAAGUAUAA